UUGAAAAACAAACUUAAGGACGGUGACGUUUUAUUUCACGAUUUCUUUCUUGGUAAACAAUUUCUUUACAAAUAUUGACGAUAAUAUAAUAAAUAAUUGUGAAAAUAAAUAUACAACAUGUCGUUUCUAUAUAUACUGAGUUGGGUAUCAAUGGUGAUACAUAUCGUCUUUAUUACAGUCUCGAUUGCGGCGGGUCUCUACUAUAUUGCUGAGCUGGUGGAAGAGUACACACAAACGGCGCGAAAGUUAAUCACAUUUAUGAUUAGUGCCACGGUAUUUGUUUACAUAAUGUUUAUGUUCUUCGAUAAUUUACCAUGGAGCAUGAUUUUGUGUGGGUUUGCGGCGCAAGUAUUCCACGGUAUUAUUAUGAGCAGCUUUCCAUUUAUACGAUUUAUGUCAGUGCCAUUUAUUGGCGCUGUAGUGUUUUUAGUUAUAAACCACUUUUUGGCUUUUCAAUAUUUCACGAGCAUUUACUAUCCAUUUGUGCAGGUGCUAGCAUACUUUACAAUAUGCCUUUGGAUGGUGCCAUUUUCGCUUUUUGUUUCACUAAGCGCAAACGAUAAUGUGCUACCGACGACUGUUAAUGACAGCAUGGGAAGCCAAGAUGUCGUAACCAACUACUUCACACGUGGAAAAAAACAGGGACUACUUUCGCUUUUUAAUUAUGCUAAAGAUAGCCUAUUGCCGACAAGGAGCAAGAAAAGCUUUUGAGGAUAUUCACAUUGUCCAAUUUGGAUUUAAAAACCCACUCCCAAAUGCU